UUUAAUUCCUACUUGUUUUAUAGUGCUACAUAUGACAAGCCGAAAUGCAAGCAAUGCAAAUCUAGGCUCAAUUGAUCUACUCGAAACAGUAUUAACGCCUGAUCAUCAUCUCUCAAAUGACCAACGGACGAAGUAUGCUCAACAAUUGGAUCAAUUCAUUGAGGAAGCUAGUAAAACAGGAGUGAUACAAUGGCAUCGUCAAGAUAUGAUGCAAAUAGUCGAAACAUGUACGCGCUAUUCUGAACAGCGACUCAAUAUCUUAUUAGCCAAUCCUACUUUACCGACUACAUUGAAAGAAUGCUUAGUACGUAUCCUUGCCGCUGCCGCUUGUUAUACUCGUUUGGAUCUUUUGACGGCCUGGGUUUUGGAUCGAUUAAACAAUCCUUUACAACAACAAACGUCAAAUAUGUCUUCUUCUGAAUACAAGAUGUGGUUGUUGUUGAUAUUACAAGAGACUAUUGUUCAUGCUCAAAUGGAUCCAUAUACUCAACGACAAUUACAAGACUUAUCAGUAUCAGUGAUGGGUAGUUUGGUGAUUUUCUUGGAUAGUACCGAAGCAAUAAAUCAAUUGAAUCAUGUUUUAACAGUGUUAUCCAGCAUCGCUCACUAUUACAGCAAUACGUUUAUGUCCCAAUUUCAAGAUGUAGUGGGUUUAUUGGUUGGCUGGUAUCUUGAUCCUGAUGUGACUGAUCAAGAUAGACAAUUGAUACAAGAUUCAUUUCAAAACUAUACUCCUUAUUGGCAAAUGACAUUGGCUUUUGGAUUUGAAUUAUUACAAAACUUUCUUCAUGAUUUGUAUACCCGAUUACAACAAAUUCAACCUGAAAAAUCCUUGGAUGAAGAACUUUGGCCAACUUGUGAUAGACUCUUAAGUUGUUUUCAUUCUCUCUUACAAGUCAUUGUAUCUUGGAUACCAUCCUUGGGUCAACAUCAUCCUCUUACCUCAACAUUUGAUCAACUUAGAUCGGAUACUGUCAUGUUAUUCUUACAAGUUUUGGAACUCGAAGAACAACCUAGUAAAAUUUGGUUUGAUCAAUCAAAUCGCAUCUUACUUUUGUUAUUCUCUGUUCGGCAAUAUACCAUACAACCUCUUCAACAUUCCUACUACUAUUAUAUCACUGCUCAACGUGGCAAACCUUCUAUGAACGAUGAAGUUUAUAUUGGAUAUCUUUUAAAGAUGAUUGAUAGUUGGAAAUCAAGUACGCCAGAUCAAAAUAUAUUACAUGAAUUAUUAGAUGUCAACGUAUCUCCACUUUUCGCCCUACUUGAAAAUAAACGGCAACUUACCCGAAAAGGUGUUCUCCUAGUAUUACGGCUCAUCAUCGAUAUGUGCGAUCCAUCUUACUUAUUUACCUACAGCACUCAGUGGUUGGCAUUAGGAUAUACGUCCAAACAAGACCAACAGACGGCGGUCAAGACUCCUUGCUUGGAAACAAAUAUUUAUUGCACCUUGUUACUGGAUACAGCGUCGGCAUUAAAAGUGAUUUCAACAGCAAACGACAACACGCAAAUGGACUUUGUAGUCAAGAUCAGAAAUCAACAUGAAAAUCAAGUGAUUGCAGUGAUGAUGGCAUUUUGGCAAACUGGUGAUUACGAUCAAUAUGAUACAACAUUGGAUAUGUUACUUCGAUACUGGACUUGUUUGCUUACCAAAGUAGAAUCACCAUCAGCAGCAGCGGCAAUGAUGGGUGAUAAUCAGGCUACCUUAUUACAAGAUAUGGUUCAUGGUCAUUGGCCUGCACUUUCGCUUCAUGCCAAACAUUCCCUUCUACGGUAUUGUGAUUUUUUGAUGAAUCAUGUCGGAACAUCCACUGAGAAAGUCUUACAACCGGUGUUUUUGACGGAAAUGAUGACACGCCUUGCCUAUGAAACCAGUCCACACGUCAAAGGAAAAAUGAUUGAUUGUUUGAUGUUAUUUUGCAAGAAAUAUGGCUCUUCUAUGUUGGCUAACACAAUAGGUCCUGCUUGGAUGGUAUAUCACUUACAAAACAGUAUGAACAGCAUUUCGGAAUCCGUACGAAGUAAAAGUCAACACCUUCUAAAGUCUCUAAAUCCAUUUAUCAUGACAUCUCUUGAUGGUACUGUAGAACAAGACAAUCAUCGGAUCAUGACAACUCUCAAGGCAAUGAUGAUGGCGACACCUCAUACUGGUACCUUUCGACCUGUCCACUAUGAAAUAGUCAUGAAACAUCUUGGUAUGCAAUCGUUUCUUAUGGCAGGUCAGUCAAGUGAAAUGAGUACUACAUCAACAAAUGAUCAGAAUGGCCUGGUCAAUAGUCAUGAUACUUCAUUCGAUUGGAUUCGUCGUUUAUUCCAUUCAUGUGGUGGGAUUCAAUAUAUGAAAAGUAUUCAACCGACUUUUUUGAAAGAUUUGGAUGAAACAAAAAUGACAGCUUUGAUGAACGGGUCUCGAUCUUUACUUUAUUACUGGUCCAUGUGGGAAUGUUCGCGUUAUUGUAUUUUAUCAAGACUACGUACUCCUUUUGGUGGUCCUCAACAGACAUUUGCAGCGUUUGAAAAAAAAUUAAUUGAAUUGGUGGAUGGUCCAACUACUGGUGCAAUAUCAACUAGCCAUAAGGAAUCACUGUAUGAGUUGUUAAAUUUAUUGGAGCGACUGGAAAUUCAAAUUUACAAUGCGGCGGAAGGAAAUACCAAUGUCAAUAAUAGCAACAAUAGCAGUGAAAUGAUCAUUAUUCCUAUGGUACCCAAAGCAAGCUACACCUUUUUCCACACCAAUCGAAAAACAUGUCAAGAUUAUUUUACCAGAAUACGGCCUCUCAUAGUUCAAGGUGCAAAGAAAUUGGACUGGGAUACCAUGUUUCUGAAACAAGCUUUUACAUACUUAUCGGAUCAAACACCUCCAUGGACACAAUCAUCAUUGUCGGAUUGUUCCAUCGAUUCUGCAUUGGGCUUUUUCAAGAAAAUCAACAAAUAUGUCAUUGAUAUAGUCUCUGUAUGCAUUCGCCAAGGAUUAGAAGACAGUAUAUUGGGUUUGGAAUCUUGGUAUCAACACCAUGUCAACAGUGCAAAUAAAUCAGUGGAAUUAUUGAACAAAUCCUGGUGUUUUAUUGGAUUGGUUGGUCCUUUACUGCUUAAUACAAAAGAUGAAGCGAGUGUUUCUUGGUUUCAAGUUGCUGCCUACUUUGCCAUGGGAUGCGACGAAAAAGCAAUUCAGCUGUUGUCCCAACUUGAUACUGCAGUGAUGAACAAUAAUCAGCAACAUAAAGAUAGUCAUGAUAUUCUAGAUAUGCUUCAUGGAAAAGCGCUUCAUUUUUAUACAUCACUGGAGGAUUAUGAUGCCAUUCAAUCUGUAUGCCAAGCCUACCCUUACCUCUUUAGCACUAACAUCUCGACAAAGUUGAUCGAUUUUACUGGGUCCAACACGGUCACCGAGACUAGCAUGCCAACUUUGAUACACGAACUCAACGACAACUGCAACCUGGAAACAAUGAUGCAAAUUGCCCGAUUAAAUGAAUUUCGAAAAGCGACUUUAAACGUAUCCGACAACAAGACAUUCUCCAACUCGAUUUGCCAUCGCCUAUUGACCUGCCUUGAAAAAGAAGAAGAGGAGUAUACCGAUACAUUGGCCUUUACACAUAGUCGUACACAGCUUAUUGAAUUACAGCUUGAACAAGGUAAUAUGGAAAUACAACGAGCUGCUAUGGAAUGGACGCAAUCAAACAUAUCAAUGGGAUUAACAAGAUACGACUGUUCGACACUACCUGAUACCAAACUCUGGAUACGACUUUCCAAUGCCAUCACCAGCACCACUACAUCCGCAGUUCCAAAUGCCAACAUGUCAUCUACACUCUAUGAUAUAUAUCUUGCAACAGCGUAUGUGGCUAGGAAACAACACAAUUACCAGACUGCUUCGCGUUAUCUUAGCAAAUUAUCAACAUUAUUGGACACGUCAACAUCCCCAGUCGUCACGAGGAACAAGAAGCAUCUGAUUGAAUAUGAAAAAAUCAAAUUGGCUCUAGCUGGUGGUGAUCCUCAUCCAAUUACCAAUAAUGAUACAUGCUCAGCUUUAUAUACUUUGAUUGAUACCAUUACCCGCGAUCAAGCAGAAGAUCUUGAGCAACAGCGUCUUGCAAGUCGGAUGUACCUGAAAUUAGCCCAUCUACAACAACAACAGUCUCAAGGAUUAGAUGACACUUCUAUAUGGCAACAACGUGUGCUUGAGACGUUACAGAAAUCAAUCGACACAAGUGGUGAUUCGUGGGCAACACCAUGGUUUAUUUAUGCAACUUAUCAUUAUGAACGUGCCUGCAUGCUUUUAGACGAUAUUCAUCAUAUACUUCAACAACCAGAUUCCACGACUCGAUCGAUAUCUGGUGUUAUUCAAUCCAUACGCGAAACUUGGUUGGACUUGAUUUCAAAAGAGAAAGAUGCACUUUCUACCACAUCUAAUUUGUACCAAGAAGAAGAAAAGACGUACUCUCCUUUGGCAGCUUUGAAUGAAAUGGAAACCAGUAACAAGUUUACACAAUCUAAAAAGGUAUUGAAUGAAAUACAACAGUAUGACUCUCUAGGCUCCUUCCCCAUCUCUACGAUCACUGCACUGUUAGCACCUUUGGAUCGUUUACAAGUCAUUCUUUUGGAUCAUUUUCAAUCAGCCUUGGCAGCUUACUUCCGAUACCUAGACCUUAUUGGUAGCGACAAUACAUCAACAUCGUCUUCGUCACCUUCAUCCAUGAUGAUGUUAUCAACACUACGCCUAGUCCAAAUUCUCGUACAAUAUGGUGAAGCUUUACAAUCAGCGUUCGAAACAGAAAUGCAUCAACGACCAUGCUGGGAACGAUCACAAUUAUUGGCAUGGAAGCAAAUUAUCCCUCAGCUUUAUUCAAGAUUGAAGAAUCAUACAAGUACUUUUGUGAAAUCAAUGCUGGGGCAAUGGAUUAGUAAAUUGGUUGAGGCCUAUCCUCACGAUAUGAUAUAUAAUGUGAUUGUUGGUAUGUCCUCUUCUUCUUCUAUUGGUAUGGAUGAUGAUAUGACUCAACAGUUGAUCCAGCAACAAGGUCAACAAAUUAUGGAAAUGACUACUACUACAACGGUGGAACAAGAUGAAAAUGUGUGGACAGCAACACGUCGAAUGACAGAAGAACUGGAGAAAAUCACUGUAUUAUGGGAAGAAACUUGGCUUCAUCGGAUUUCGACUCUACAACUGGAUAUCAUGAAUCAAUGGGAAUAUCUUGAAAAGAUUCGCAGCACCAAUAAUAACGAAGGGUUUGAAACAACCUACACCAAUGCUAUGCGCGACGUUGUUGCUUCGAUCCAACAAUUGAUGAUCGCGACAAUUGAUUCUACUACAAUGACUCCUCAUGAAACUUGGUUCAAUCUCACCUUUGGCAAACCGAUCCGGCGUGCAUUUGAAUUACUUUCUCGACCUGAAUCUAUGGACACAUAUCGAAAAGGAUGGGAUCGAUUCCAACAGAUUCAUCGACGUCUUACUAUGGAAACAAAUAAAGUUCGUGUGCUUAACUUGAAUCAGGUAUCACCGUAUCUUGCUAGUCUUCAAGGAACAAGUAUGUAUAUGCCAGGUUUGGACCAAACAUUAUGUGUACGGAUUCAUCAUUUUAGUUCGACAAUGAUGGUAUUACCCACAAAGACAAAGCCCAAGAAGCUGACUUUUCAUGGUACGGAUGGCUCCUCAUAUACAUAUUUAUUCAAAGGAUUGGAGGAUUUACAACUAGACGAACGCAUCAUGCAGCUCCUGAAUACCACCAAUGUGUUACUGAAAGAAGAUAGACAAUCUCGUGCCCGCCAUCUAUUUGCAAGGACCUAUGCGGUGAUUCCUAUGAGUAAUCAUUCCGGUAUGCUUCAAUGGGUUCAACGUGCCACUCCUUUGUUUGCACUGUAUAAAAAUUGGCAGAAACGUGAAUAUCUCAAUACGUUGUUCCAUCAACAACAACAACAGCAACAACAACAGCAACAACAACAGCAACAACAACAGCGACAACAACAGCAGCAACAACAACAACAACAACAACAACAAAAAUUACCAAUUCCACGGGCUACGGAACAGUACAUCGAUAAAGUGCUUGCGGCAAUGAAAGCAGCAGGAUUACGUGUAACCGCCAAUCGCCGACAUUGGCCUGAACCGAUUCUUCGCCAAGUAUACCAAGAUCUCGCAGCACAAACACCUAAUGAUCUACUGUCCAGGGCGAUAUGGUGGACCAGCACAGACAGUCGAGAUUGGCUGAACAAGACUACCCGGUUGGCACGAUCCAUGGCGGUGAUGUCGAUGGUUGGUUAUGUCCUUGGAUUGGGUGAUCGACAUUUGGACAACAUGUUAUUGGAUGAUGUGACAGGGGAUGUGAUUCAUAUUGAUUACAAUGUAUGCUUUGAAAAAGGAACGACGUUGCGUGUGCCUGAACGGGUACCUUAUCGUUUAACAAGAAAUAUGAUCCAUGCUCUUGGGUUGACUUCUGGUAUCCAACAACAGCAAGAAGAAAACACGAGUAGUGGUGGUGGUGGUAUUUUCCGUACGGCGGCUGAACAAACAUUACGAGUGAUGCGACAACAUAAAGAUCUAUGGAUGGGAUUAUUGGAAGAUGCGUUUGUGGUUGAUCCCUUACUUGCAGAUUGGCAACAGAGACAACACAAUAUCCAACUGGAACGUCAAGGAUCGGAAAUCAAAGGUGUGAUCAAGGAAGAACGUCAAUUUGUGGAAUUACAUUCAGGAUUAUCAUUGAUGGCUGCUCGCUUAGCUGAAACAAGUGUUCUUUUUGAAGCUCAACAUGCAUCUCUUGCUAUCGAACUUUCGACAAUCAAGCAACAACUUGAACAACAACAGCAACAAGAACAACAACGACAAGAAGAAGAGGAUCAUCAUGUCUUUGACAAUGACGACUAUGAUGACGAAUUCUAUGAUGAAGAAGAACAGGAUGAUGAUGAUCAAACUAUAUUAGAUCGAAGAAGGAAUCAAGAGCUCAACAAACUAUCCAGUAAUGAAAAAAUGAAGGACGAACAAAAGAGUGGAUCACCGCCUUCCGAUUGGGAACAAGACGAAGAAGAUCAUCAUCAUCAUCAUGAUACUGGAUCUUCAGGUACAAAACAUGAUCGUGUCCCAAUACUCAUUCAACAUCAACUGAAGGAUCAACUAGUACAUGUGUUUGACCAGUUACAUCAACCUUACCAAACAAACACAACAUGGACCAUGGGUGAAUUUGUGCCCUUAUUGGAUGCCAUCCGGAUGUUGGAAAUAGAAGAAAAUCAUGAAAUUCAUGUGGCUCAAGAAAGUGCAAAGGUGAUUUUAAAUGUGCUUCGAUUUAUUGAGAUCAAUAGCAAUAAAUUAGAAGGACGGCAUCGUUAUACCUAUACUGAGUUGACAAUCUUGGUACAAGAUGUGAUAGAACAGUUAGAUCAAUACUAUUCUACUUUACGCAUGUUGGAAAGCUUUGGAUUGGAACAACAACAAAAGACAGUACAAGACACCACACAUCGUCAAGAGAAAACGAUGUCACUGUUGACAUCUAGAAAGGACAAAUCAGUGUAUCAUGAUAAUCCUAGUUUGAAUAUUAUGCAACGAGUGCGACAGAAACUGGAAGGUCAAGAUCAAGAUCUAUUGUUGGACAAUCAUAUGCAUACUAUGACAGUGGCCGAGCAAGUGGCAAAGACAAUUGAACAAGCUACUAGUAUAGACAAUCUUAGUUUAAUGUACGAAGGAUGGACCAGUUGGGUAUAGUAAUAGACAUUUUAGAAUAUCAAAGACAUAUCUUAUAAUAAAAAAAAAAUUAUA